AUGGUUCUAGCAUAUAUCUUUGAUGGGGAAUCUCUUUACCAAGUGUACCGUGAAGGUGAAAGUUUAAAAUGUCACUCAGUUGUAUCGCCAAUUGGACGCGACGCUCUUGUGGCCUGUUUUGGAGAAAAAGAAUUUUAUUUUGUGGAGAAGGAGUCACCUGAUGUGCUUCGUCGCUAUAGGAGUUCUGUUGGUUGUAUGGAAUAUGCACUACCUGGUCCUGUACACAAACUCUUAGUUCACCAUGAAAAGGUAUACUGCUGCGGUGAAAAAUGCCUUUAUGGCUUUGAUCCUCUUAGUGGUGAUGUAGAAAUAUUUGAAUUUCACCAAAAUGUUUUAGAUAUUGUGGCAGCAGGUCAUGGAUUUGUUUUUGUUAAUGAUGUACAAGAAUUGUUCGCUUUUCAUUUUAAUCAAGGCAUUACAAAGGUUUCAAUAGAAAGAGGUGUAGUUGAUCUACUGGGUCGUUACAAUCAUUUUGUUAUUGCACUUAUUAAUUCUAAUUCGAUUCGUUCUAUAGAUGAAAAUGGUGAAGUUCGAGAAAAUUUGUUUCCUUUAACAAUAACCAAUCGUUUCAUUUCUGUAGAAGAGGGUUCUAUACUAACUAGUCAAAAAGGAGGUCAAUUAUGUCUUUACUCGCAAGAUAACUCUUUGGUAGCAAGUGGAUUUUUUAAAGAGGGGAUUCAGUUGCUUUCUGUUCCUCUUUCUCAGCCUGAGGAUUGCUGUUCUAUUUGUCUUGAUGAUUUUGAAAAUGACGCAGGUGUAACGCUUGAUUGUGGACAUCGAUUUCAUAAAGAUUGUGUUGCUGAAUUCUCUUCUAGGGCAAACUCUUUUGAACAGAAGGGAGAACAUGUUGUGUUUACAUAUGCUGUUUGCCCAAGAGGUUGUGGUUUUCACAUUCGUCACACUGCUGCUCCACUUUCAGCCUACAUGGGAACUCUAUGGCGGGCAAUACAUUAUGACUCUAAAUAUAAACUUCGGGAAAUGCCAAGCAAAACAGUCGAAGAUCUAUUGUAUUACAUUUGCCAUCGAUGUAAAAAACCAUUUUUUGGUGGUGAAAAGUGGUGUUUUCGCUCAAUGUCUGGUGAACCUCCCAAGAAACCAACCGAACUUUUAUGUUCAGAUUGUAAUGAUGAUUUUAUCUGUCCACAACAUAAGCAUAACUUUGUACUGUAUAAAUGUCGUUACUGUUGCAAUCCAGCAACUCAUAUGUCUUUUGGUAACCGUUAUUUGUGUGAUCGAUGUAAUAGCCGAUGGGAGAAUACAGAACCAGAAAUAAUUCCAUGUCCUGGACCGGAUAAAUGUCCACUUUUGGGCUCACAUGAAUGUGAUGGGUCAUAUCCUCUAGGGUGUAUGCUUUGUAUGUCAUUAGGUGCACUAGGGUCUUGUCUUUUUUCUACUGUCUAA